AGGUUAAGUGUUAGAGGCCAUAAAAUGUGGCCUGUUUCGAGUCGUACGACUUGUUCUAAAGGAUUCUGUAUUUAUAUUUUCUUACUGCUGUUCAUUUUAUUCCCGUCCACGACGAUUGGGUUACGCAGGGAAAUACGCAACGUAACCCAAGUAGGAAAUAUCGGUGAAGAAGAAGUUGUUUUUAACCACAUAUACACUAUUAACGUUCCUGACCAGCAGCAAUGUGAUUGCCCGUCGUUGUUGGAGGGUAUAACCCAUACCAACGAUCCUACUAACCCUGCAGUAAACGAUCGUUUUCGGUUGUUUCCUCCGCCUGGUUAUGUCACCCCAUCCGCUGAUGACGUAGAUAGCAAAGGUCAUCCAUUAUACGCCGCAGGGUUUACGUUUCGACACAACAUCAAUAUUGCAGAAAGCAGCUGCCCGUGCCAAACAAGUGAUCUUGAGUCACUACAAGAAGAAAACUUAAACCUGCGACAACUAAUGCAAGAAAUGGAGUCCAAACUUGUAAGAAGGAUCCAAGCGAUUGAGACAAAAGUUAAGAAAGUAAAACUCCACAAGUGCCGACGUAGGUGCGUCGACUCUCCUGCUAUUGAUAUUAUUGAUCGUGUGAGUGAUACCGAAAGAGCGACGACCAUGAGGCCGCUAAGUUUUGAUAGCUGCCCACGAAGAUGUUCAGGUAAUGGCAAAUGUAUUUCUGGUUUAUGUCAAUGCGACAGAGGUUACCAAGGAGACGAUUGCUCCGAAUCUAUUUGCGUCAACGCUUGUUCAGGACACGGUGCAUGCAACAAGCACGGAAGGUGCCAGUGCUGGGGUCAAUGGAGUGGGGAAGAUUGUUCACUAAGAAGUUGUCCAAAUGACUGCAGUGGGAAUGGUAUCUGCGAUAACGGGCUUUGCGUUUGCGACGUUUCUUAUUCAGGUGCUGAUUGUAGCAGAAGAAGUUGCCUCAAUGAUUGCAAUGGACAUGGUAGAUGCAAUGAGGACACUGGCCAAUGUAGAUGUCAUGGGAGUUGGGAGGGACCCGAGUGUUCAGCACAAAGAUGUUUGAGGGAUUGCUCUGGGAAUGGGGAUUGUCUGAAUGGAAGGUGUCAGUGUGAUGAGCCAUGGACAGGCAAAGCAUGUCGUAUCUUAAAAUGCCCCAACCAAUGUUCAUCGAACGGUAAAUGUCGCAACGGAACUUGCGUUUGUCGCAACGAGUGGACGGGUGAUGACUGUAGCUCCCCUAAGUGUCCAGAUGAUUGUUCUGGCUUAGGUGAAUGCAGGAGUGGUGUUUGUGAAUGUACAGCUGGGUGGGGUGGGUUAAACUGCUCACAACCAAUGUGUGUGAACGAUUGCUCCAACAAUGGACAAUGUAUAGAUGGUAGAUGCAGAUGCUGGGGUGGUUGGGAGGGCAAUAGUUGUUCUCAUGUCAUCAAACCAUCAGGACUUGAGAUAUCAAACAUCCAACCAACCACUAUUGAUGUUAGUUGGAGUAAAACAUCACCAGCUAUAACUGGAAGCCAGGUUAACUGCAUUCCUAUGGAGGGAACAGCAAAUGCAGUUUACCAAUCUGUGGGUCCCAAUGUGACUAAACUAACAAUAAGAGACCUUGACAGUGGGACCCAAUAUUCUGUAUAUGUUUAUGCAAUGAUAGAUGAAUCAUUAAGUGCUCCAAUUACUGCUUCUGUGAAAACAGGAGUUGACACACCAUCUCAAUUAAGCUACAUAAGAAUCGGUGCAACAUUCGCUGAGAUAACAUGGAAGCCACCAAAGGCAAAGAUUGAUAAAUAUAAGAUGGUGUGCAGUUGUAAGCAGGGGGGUGCUGAAUUUGUUGUUCAAUCAAACAAGACGUCGGUUCUUAUAAAGGAUCUGUCACCAGGGGAAACCUAUUCAGUUGCAUUAUACGCUGUGCAGGGGGAAAACGUUAGCACGCCUAUUAAUAUCAACUUCACUACAUCACUAGACGCUCCAAAAUCUGUUGAAUUUAUUGAUGUAACUUCCACAUCUGCUACUGCAUGGUGGGUGCCAAGUGUUGCUAAAAUAACUGGAUAUAAAUUUGCACUUGUUCAAUUUGAUGGACAAAACAUAGUGGAAGACCAGGUUACUUCAACCAGUCGUAUGUUUACCUUCACAAACUUAAAGCCACGAACAAGAUACAACUUUACCAUACACUCGAUACGUGGUGAAGAACAUAGUGUUCCAUUACAUGCUAACUUAAUCACAGGUCUUGAACCACCAGUGAAUUUCUCCUUAACCAAAGUACUUCCUAAUAUGGUGAGCUUCAAGUGGGAUUCCCCUAAUGCAAGGAUAAAGAGAUUUAGGAUUUCUAUUUUUCAAGAACUUAGUUACAAUGAAGAUGCCACCCCCAUAUCAAGUAUAGACUUACCCCACCAUACAUACAAAGGCACAUUCAAUGACCUGAUACCUGGUACCAAGUAUGUGGUUGAGGUUGUGUCUGUUGAACAUGGGGUGGAAAGUGGUCCUCUUGUCAAGCAUAUCAUGACAGGUAUUGAUGCACCCACCAACUUACGGAUAGCAUCCACAACACCAACCAGUGUGAGUGUAACAUGGAGUAAACCACACGCUGAUGUUGAAGGUUACAGUGUGGAGUGCUUGGAUGUUAGAAGGGGUGCGAGGCAAGAGAUCAAAUUAUCUGGAGAUGAAUGGUCAGCUACCUUUACCUCACUGAGGCCAGCCACUGAAUAUAAUAUAACAAUACAAGCAGAGUUAGAUGAUAUUAGUAGCACUAAGGUAUGGAGGCUUACCUACACAACAUUGCCACAACCACAAAACAUACGGGUGUCUUCCCCUACCUUUGAUGAUUUGGUUGUUAUAUGGGAUCCUGUGAUUGUGUUUCAACAAAGAAGGAUAAUGGGUGUUUAUGAUGUCAGAAUACAACCUGUUGCAUCACGAUAUUCAGCACAGAAUGGAAGGGUGCUGGAGUUUACUAUACCCGGUGACAACACAGCCCUCAAUGUACCCGGCAUGACAGCAGGCCUCACAUAUAAUGUUUCUAUUGUUGCCAAAACAACCAACAAUAUCCUCCCCCCGAGCCCCCCUGUUCUCGUGUCGUACCUCGCUCCUGUAGACCCCCCACAAGGGGUCACCCUCACCCAUGUCGGACAUAACAACGUAACCCUCCAUUGGUUUCCACCCUCAGCAGCAAUUACAGGAUAUUUGGUUGAAUACCAAGACUUAUACAGCACAUCUGAUGUCCAUUCACUUACCAUACCUGCCAAUCAAACCUAUGUUUCCAUCACCAACCUCAUAGAUGAUACAUCAUAUGUGAUUAACGUCACAUCCGUGAUGUAUGAUCGUGAAAGCGUUUCAUCUACUAUCAUGUUCACGACGGAAAUGAUGAUAAUCGAACCACCUGAAUACCUUCAUACAACUGAGAUCAAACACAAGAGUAUUGGGUUAGAAUGGAUGGAGUCGUUAUCCGAGAAUAUAGAUGGUUACUUUGUCGCAUACAUGCCACUACAUAUGCAUGGGCAGCAUGAGAAUACAACACUGGUUGGGGACAAGACAAGCACUGUACUGCAGGGACUUACACCUGGAACUGAAUAUUUAAUCAAUGUAUUCACAGUAUAUAAUGAAAGAGUUAGUAUUCCUGUUCAACUGUCCGUCACAACCGCCAUUGACCCACCCACAAGGUUAAUGUUCGUCACUGUAUCGGAUUCUUCAUUCACAAUCCACUGGCAGCAACCAAUAGCCAUGGUUGCCAAUUAUAUUGUGACUUACUACAGAUCAAGCUCUACAGGAGAGAGGCAAGACAUCAUUAUACCUGGAGGUGAGACAGUAUGUUCAAUACAUAACCUUGUACCAGCUACUGAAUAUACUGUGGAGAUAUACGCGAUGGGUAAUUCUACACAGAGUGAUCCUACCAUGGCUAUGGUUGUAACACUUCCAGCUUCAGUGUCACAACUCCGUUCACCAAAGCAAGGAAUAAACCAUGUAAUCAUGACAUGGGAGAAGCCCAUGAUAGGAGGGGAGAUCACGGGAUAUAAGGUGGAUUAUCACGCUCGUGAUAAUGUAUUAAAUAUUCGAAGUAUUCAUCUGGAAAGUAAUCAUACCCGCACAGCAAUACGAGGGUUGAACCCUGCCACAGUUUACCUGAUCACUGUUUAUUCGAAGAGACAUCUAGACCUUAGUGAAGGAACUACCGUAACCCAAGGAACAUUAAUACCCCCUGUGCAUGGAGUGGCGGUUCUACCGAUAGAUGAAAAGACGAUUCAUGUUCAAUGGAAAUCACCACCUAAUGUUAAAGUGGAAGGUUACACUGUUUCAUAUAAGCCUUUAGAUGAGUUCAGUCAAACAAUGGACCAAGUGGUUAAAGGAGAUGAAACUUCUGCUGUUAUAACUGGGUUGCUUGCGGAUACACAGUAUGCUGUGACUGUACAUGCUAACGUGGGUGAUCUGGUAGCUAAGAAAAGGCAAAUAAAAGCAACCACAGCCUCCUCUCUUGAAUCCCCUGAAACAUUGCGCAUCACUAACAUUCGUGAUACAUCGGCUCACGUGAGAUGGGAUCCUGUGAUUGAUAAAACUGUCACAGGAUAUUUACUCAGAUACAAACCAGUGGGUGGCAGCACAGAGGAUGAAGUUAAAGUUGGUUUAAAGGGAAGGAAAAAAGUUGGACAUAUGUUGAUGAAGUUACGACCUGGUGUUUUGUACUAUGUAUCUGUGGCCACUGAGCGGCAUGAGAGAGUCAGUUUUCCUCCCGUCACAGAACGCUUUGUGACAUCACAGAUGUUGACGGCACCAGUUGAUGUUGUGGUUCGUAAUAUCACGGAGUCUUCUGUUAGUUUAGAAUGGCCAAGUCAAUAUGUUGAUGGUAUUGAAGAAUACCAUAUGACAUAUUCAGUACUUGGGGGUGGAGAAACUAAUGAGAUAAUAACAGCAUCACCUGAAACUAUGAUUGCCACCAUUGAAGGUUUGCUCCCUGGACGCAGCUACACCAUCAAUAUCCGCUCCUUUAGAUGGGGGGUAGAUAGUGCUGAUGCAACCUCGAUUACCAUAACCACCCUCCAUCCACUCCUGCCUCCUAGGGAUCUCAUCCUGGAUGGAAGGAACCAAACAGAGGCAAGGAUAAGAUGGACACCGACCACACCUGAUGCAGAUGCUCAUCAUAUAACUUUAUCAAGUUUGAGGGGUGGGGGUUCGCCAUUCAGUGUGAGGCUCUCCCCAACCUCUGGUAUGGCAAACUUCAAAGACCUCAAACCAGGUACAAGAUACCGGGUUACCUUAGUUACAAUGCGUGGAAAUCAAAGCAGUGAUUCAAGGGUGCUGAAGUUUAGAACAGAUGAGAGAUUAGAUUCACCAUCCAACAUCACUGUAUCUCUCAUGGGUGAAAAUGGAGCAAACAUUACAUGGAAAAUAUCGCAACAAAAAUAUGAUCGUAUUUAUUUCUCCUAUUCAAGUGAUGAUGAGACAGAAUCGAAUUCCACAUUCCUUAAUAGAAAGAUGACCCACAUAAUAUUAACCCAUCUUACCCCAGAUACUUUGUACCACGCUACUAUUGCUUGUAAAUAUAAACGAAAGACAAGUCCGCUGAAAAUGUUUAGUUUCACCACUGAUUACAUCAUACCCUCCCCCACUAGAAUACAAUUCACUGCAGUAAACAAGACGCGUUUAACUGUACGUUGGCGUAAAGCUUCUAACCGUGCACAGUAUUAUCGUAUCGCUUAUAAAGAUGAACACAGAAUGCAACGCACCGUCACAAUAUCUGGUCGAUCAACCAGGUUACCCCUUGAAUACUUGCAAGCUGGCACCUCAUAUAAUGUUAGUGUUACUGCACUUGGAAGAAAUAAGGAGAGUUUACCUUUGGUGGGGAAAGUUACAACAUUAUUGAACCCACCCAGCAAGUUAAAUGCGACCUCCACUACAAGCGCAAGUGUUCAGUUAACAUGGGAACCUCCAUUAAGUCCUGUAGAUGGUUUCGUGAUCAAGUAUCAUGAGCUUGUAUCACGAAAAAUAUCACGAAGGCCAAGCGUGAUUGUGAAAAGUAACUUGAAAGUUAUUCAUGUGAAAAACAACACAACAGUGAAUGUAACAGGUUUGGUUGCUGGGACAAAGUAUGUGUUCCAAGUUGUAGCAAGGAAAGAUGGGAGGGAAGCUUACUCCAUGCGUGUGGUGCAACAAACUGACAUUGCACCUCCACGCAACUUACGAACAUCCGUAACAAGCAGAAGGUCGGCAAACCUCACAUGGGACUUCGCUAACAUGACACAAGUUACCGGGUACCUGGUUAAUGUGACUGCUGUUAAUAGUACUUUCAAUCGUGCAUAUAAUGUCAAACCACAAACAUCUUAUGUUUUCCUUCAAAACUUGUUACCUGGUGUUGAAUACAACGUGGACGUUACAACAUUGUGUAAACUUGAUAAAAGUCGUCCAGUGCAAGUACAUUUUAAAACAGCAAAAGUACCUUACCCCAAGCCGAAGGAUUGUGUUCAAGUUUUAAGGAAUGGAGAAACAUUGAACAAAGUUUAUGAAAUAUAUCCUUAUAAUGGAAUAACACUCAAGGUAUUCUGUGACCUCCACACUGAUGGGGGAGGUUGGCUCACCUUCCAACGUAGACAAGAUGGCUCACUAAGCUUCCAUCGGUCGUGGGACGAAUAUAUGAGUGGGUUCGGUAACCUUACCAAGGAGUUUUGGAUCGGUUUACAAACCCUUCAUGAGUUAACAAUGACCAACGAUCAAACAUUGAGGAUAGACAUGCGAUAUAAAGAUGAAGUUUCAUACGCUGUGUAUCGUAACUUCUCAUUGUCUGAUGCUGCUACUGGUUUCAUGCUGCAUGCAAGUGGUUAUACAGGCACUGCAGGAGAUUCGUUAUCAUAUCAUGACGGAAUGAAAUUCACGACAUAUGAUCGUGAUAAUGAUGAUGCUACUAAUAGGAAUUGUGCAAAAGAAUAUAAAGGGGCUUGGUGGUUUAAGAAUUGCCACAGAUCAAGUUUGAAUGGAUUGUAUGGGAACUCAAGGCAUAGUCAGGGAGUUAACUGGUAUAGUUGGGGAGGUUUCACGCGGUCCAUCGAAUUUGUGGAGAUGAAGCUUCGACCACAGUCGUUCAUUCAACCAACUGUUAAACCAGCGAUCAUGAGAAGGUUCGAAGCAAUCGUGAGUUGAGUGGUUAACUCACAAUGAUGUCACGCACAUGAUCAAAUAUUGUUUUCACGCAAAUGAUCAAAUGUUGGAAUUGCUUUGCACAUUAUCCACCUUGAUGCAGCACAUUUAUUGUUAUAGAUUCACUUUUGAUAUUUUUGUUUGUGAACAUUUUAUUUAUUUCUUACAUCUGUGGUUACACAAACAUUUUAUUUACAUAGGUUUACUUAACUUUUUAGUUACGUACUUAAGCGAUGACAAAACACCGCCUAGACGGAAACUUUGUUGCGGGUAUAAGAAUUAGAAACCACUGUUUUACAAUAAUUUGCGCUUUUGUAUUUUCUCAGCUUUGUACAUUAAAACACAAAACACACAAA